UAUGAAUCCAUGGGAGAGUGAAUGGCUGAAGUGGGUAUGCGUGAGUCAGUAUAGCAUGUGAGUGUGUGUGUUUGUGUGUGUACAAGCUGGCUGGAGAGGCCAGACUAGUGUGGACUGCAGUGACGGGGAGUCUCCUUCCUGCCAGGAGGAUGGGGUAGGACAACUUGUGGGGUCCUCCCCGGACCCGGGAUGAUGGUGGUGGGGUUCCUCUCCGGGGCGGAUGGUGGGUGGGGUUCCAGCCAGGCAAGGGCCAGACUGGGGACGUCUGGGGUGCACCUCUGUCCCGCCUCCAGGCACUGGGGGCCUGGGCUGGCCAACGUGGCGGCGGCGCUGCAGGCGGGGAGGGAGGGACGGAGGCGGGAGGUAGGAGGCGGGCCGGAAAGUUUGUCCGUCGGCCACUGCGGGGACUUGGCCUGGGGAUGCGCACCCGGCGCUCCAGCGUCCCCAGCUCGCUUCGGAGUCCAGCUCGCCAUGGGCCCUGGACCUCCCCAGAUGCUCAAGAGCCAAGAUCCUUCCUCGCUGGAUACCCUCUGUCCUGAGCUCAUUCAUUCAUUUGAUGAGGAAGAAGGGCAGGAGCUACUGAAAUGGAGGGAAAGGACGUUCCCAGCAGAGGUUACAGCUGGCCGACCCUCACUCCUCCUGCCCCUGUGUGCCUCUGUGUCUUUGCUGGGUGGUCUGACCUUUGGUUAUGAACUGGCAGUCAUAUCAGGAGCCCUGCUGCCCCUGCAGCUGGACUUUGGGCUGAGCUGCUCACAACAGGAGCUCCUGGUGGGCAGCUUACUCCUGGGAGCUCUCCUGGCCUCCCUGGUUGGGGGCUUCCUCAUUGACCGCUAUGGCAGGAAACAAGCCAUCCUUGGGAGCAACCUGGUGCUGUUGGCAGGUAGCCUGAGCCUGGGCCUGGCCAGCUCCCUGACCUGGCUGGUCCUGGGCCGCUCAAUGGCUGGCUUUGCCAUCUCCCUCUCCUCCAUGGCCUGCUGUAUCUACGUGUCAGAGCUGGUGGGGCCCCGGCAGCGAGGAGUGCUGGUGUCCCUCUAUGAGGCAGGCAUCACCGUGGGCAUCCUGCUCUCCUACGCACUCAACUACGUGCUGGCCCGUGCCCCCUGGGGAUGGAGGCAUAUGUUUGGCUGGGCAGCUGCCCCUGCGCUCCUGCAGUCCCUCAGCCUCCUCCUCCUGCCUGCUGGUACAGGUGAUGCUGCAGCCCACAAGGACCUCAUUCCCCUCCAGGGAGGUGAGGCCACGAAGCUGGGCCUGGGGAGCCCAAGAUACUCCUUUCUGGACCUUUUCAGGGCCCGGGAUAACAUGCGAGACAGGACCACAGUGGGGCUGGGGCUGGUGCUCUUCCAGCAGCUAACGGGCCAGCCCAAUGUGCUGAGCUAUGCCUCCACCAUCUUCCACUCGGUCGGCUUCCGGGGGGGCUCCUCAGCUGUGCUGGCCUCUGUGGGGCUCGGUGCAGUGAAGGUAGCGGCCACCUUGACUGCCAUGGGAUUGGUGGACCGAGCGGGCCGUAGGGCCCUGUUGCUGGCUGGCUGUGCUCUCAUGGCCCUAUCGGUCAGUGGCAUUGGCCUCGUCAGCUUUGCCGUGCCCAUGGACUCAGGCCCAGGUUGCCGGGCUGUGCCCAAUGCCACCAAGCUGUCAGGCCUCCCUGGAGACUCCAGCCCGCCCAGGGGCCUAUCUCCACCUCUGCUGCCGACAAGCAGCCAGAACCCAUCGCAGCCAGUCUUCCCAACCUCUGAGAAAACCAAGCAUCAUCCCAGAGCUGGGGACCCCCCAGCCCCUUCCGCCUCAGCCCUACGCACCACCCCACCACCCCCUCCUCCCGCCCCUGAGCACACCUUGCUGCACUGGACCGCGCUGGUCUGCAUGAUGGUCUUUGUGAGUGCCUUCUCCUUUGGAUUCGGACCAGUGACCUGGCUUGUCCUCAGUGAAAUUUACCCUGUGGAGAUCCGAGGGAGGGCCUUCGCCUUCUGCAACAGCUUCAACUGGGCCGCCAACCUCUUCAUCAGCCUUUCCUUCCUCGACCUCAUCGGUGCCAUUGGCUUGUCCUGGACCUUCCUGCUAUAUGGGCUGACUGCUGUCCUAGGCCUGGGCUUCAUCUAUUUGUUUGUCCCUGAAACAAAAAACCAGUCAUUGGCAGAGAUAGACCAGCAAUUCCAGAAGAGACGGUUCACCCUGAGCUCUGGCCGCAGGCAGAGCUCGGCUGGCAUCCAGUACAGCCGCAUUGAGGUCUCUGCAGCCUCCUGAGGAGUCCAUCUGGAAGAUGCUGGAACCAUGGUUUUAGCAGACAGUCUUCAGCUUCCCAUUUGCCUGGGCCCCGGUGCACAAGUUUUAGGGGGUCCUUCAAGAGUCUCCCCUGCUCUAGAAGUCUGUUUGUUGGGGCAAAAGGGAUGAAAAUCUGAGAACCCCAAAGUCUUCAUUUUGAGUCUUGGGCUCUGAGGGUACCCGAGGCUCUGCCUUUUUGCCUCAGUUUCCCCACUGACUUUGCACAUCUCUGCAGUAAUGAACUUAUGAGAACAUCUUAUGAAGACUCCGUUGCUCUGUGGACCUUCCAAAGACUCUCUAGAGUACCAACCCUGGUGGGAAGUCUCUCCUGGUGCCAUCCCUAAAUCCAGCUGAGGAUACUGUAUUCUCUGCUCUUUUUCCCUCCGGCUGGGACUUUUGGGGGAAAGGGAUGCCUGAUUUUUGGCUCUCAGACCACCUCAUUUUGUUCCACCCCUCUAAUUCUCUCACCGGGAAUAUCUAUCAUUCCCCAGCAACUCAGAUGGUGGGGGAGGCUUGAGUCCUAGUCCUGAUCUGCUGGUGUUCUUGCUGUCCGACCAUGGGCCACAGCCUCCCCUGUAUGUGCAAGGGGGGCUCUGAACCAGGUGGUUCUUAAGACCUCUUCUGUCACCAAUGAGCUGGGAUUCUAAGUGCUGACAAUACCACACAUGUUUAGCCUGGGCUCUGCUCUCAAAUUGCUAGUCUCUUAGGGGAGGUAGGUUUAAUCAGGAGAAAGGUGGACACAAUUCCAGAGCUGAAGGCACUAAAGUCCAAGGCCAUUGGAGUGCUGGUAAUGAGCUCCAGAGCUGUUUCCAGGAUAGUGCGAAAGGACUCUGCAGAAAAGUGAUGGGUUUGGGAGCUAACAGACCUGGUUGUUGGCGUGGCCUCCACCUCUUGGUAGCUACUGACCUGGAAGAAAUAACAACUCUCUCAAGCCUCAGUUUCCACAUCUGCAGAAUGGGGAUCCUUGUGUCCUCCACAGUCUAUUUAAUCUCGGUUUCUCAUCACCCAUUUAGCCGGACAGGAUGGGGGUGAGGGGUGGAUCUCUGUUAACCUUUAACACGCAGGUCCUCCCUUUUGGGGGGGAGAUGGUGGCUGAGCAAGUAGCUCAGGACCGCUCCUAUGUCCUCCUUUCGUCCUGUUUCUAGAUGCUUUAUGCCCAGUGGUGUGUUGGAGCUGGCCUGUGCGGGCUUGGGAAAGCCAACUGCUCAGUUUUCAGGAUUUUUGAAAUUUAGCUGGCUGUUAAACACAGCUGCUAAAAAAAUUAAGUGAUUGAUACUAAUAAUAAAUUGCAUCAAAAACCAAGGUAACAGGUACUAAAAACUCAUUACUUCCUUAUUUUACUACGUUUUGCUAUUGUCUGUGACCUUAAGGUCAUGUACAUCUAUUGCAUCACAUGAAGAAUGUGGGGGUGGGGCACCACCCAUCUCUUGCCAACUCUGCACUCAGUGACAUCACAUUGGUCACUUGAAGUUGUCCACAGGGAGUGUAGCUGCACCACAGAGACUGGGGCAGAUCAGGGCUUGAGUUGCUGGGUUUUUUGUUUGUUUUUUAGGGCUGCACUUGUGGCAUAUGGAAGUUCCGGGCCAGGGGUCGAACUGGAGCUGCAGCUGAGACCUACACCACAGCCACAGCAACACUGGGUCUGGGCCACAGGGUGACCAACACUGCAGCUUAUGGCAAUGCUGGAUCCUUAACCCACUGAGCAGGGCCAGGGAUCAAACCUGCAUCCACACAGAGACAGCAUCGGGUCCUUAACCUGUGGAGCCGCAACAGAAACUCCUCGAGUUACUGUUUUGUUGAUUUUCCAGUCUUAAGAAUGUGAUGGAUUAAAUGUUAAUAAUGCAAAUUAAACUGAAAAGUCUGUCGUGUCUGUA